AAAGAAUCAGCAGAAUAACAAUAGACGAGUGAAAGUCCAGUUCUCUAUUCUAGAUUGGUUUCGUUUCGCUCAGACGCUCAGCAUCAGACAAACGGAGCUCCAAACCAACAAAACCCAAAAACCCAUAAAAUGGUGUCAAUCAACCUGCGCGACCCCGUUCGGCGCAUGCAGAUGCAGGUGAUUGUCGCCACCUGGUUUGCCUAUGCUGCGACCUACCUUCUCCGCAAGCCCGUUAGCGUUGUCAAGAACGCCAUGGCAGAGGAGCUCCAGAUGAGCACCGCGGUGCUUGGCUUGCUCGACACGGCCUUCCUGAUGCCAUACGCAGCACUGCAGCUCGUCAUUGCCCCGUUCGCAGACCGUGUUGGCGCACGGCGCAUCCUGACAGCGGCCUUGAUUGGUGCUGCCGUUUCAAUGUUUGCCCUUGGAUGGCAAUCAAACCAGAUGGUCAUUCUCCUCAUGCUGUUUGGCAACGGACUGUCUCAGUCGAGCUCGUGGCCCAGUUGCGUCAAGGCGCUGGCUCCGUGGAUUCCUGAAGAAAACCGCGGCGUCGUGUUUGGCCUCUGGGGUACCUGCCAGUCGAUUGGCGGCGUUCUCGGAACGCUGAUUGCCGUCCACCAGUUCCAGACGGGCACUUGGCGCGACACCUUCUUCCUGCCUUCAGCGAUCGUUUUUGUUAUCGGAGUGGCGCAAUUCUUCUUGACAAAGACACCUCAAGAAGCUCACAUGCAGCCACCAAAUGAACGUGCUGCAGCAAAAGCACUCUCGGAUGCCCACUCGGUCGCGGUAGUGGAUAAAAUCACCCUUUGGGAGGCCAUUAAAAUCCCAACGUUUGUGAACGUCUGCACGGCCUUUUUCUCAGUCAAGCUCGUCCGAUAUUGUCUGCUGAUGUGGCUGCCAAUGUACUUUUUGAAGCACCUGAACUUUGACAUUGCGACUGCCGGAGUCAUGUCGACCACUUUUGAGCUUGGUGGCGCCAUUGGCACUCCGUUCAUCGGAUUGCUCUCCGAUCGGGUCUUCCAUGGCAAAAAGCUUGCGACCACUUUUUGGUCGCAAACCUUGUCUGGCGUCUUCCUCGUCUUCUUCAUUGCUGUCACUCCCUACAGUCGCUUCCUGGGCUCUAUUUGCAUGGGUCUCGUGGGCGUCUUUUCCACGGGUCCCGACAUGAUGAUUACUGGUCCAAUUGCCACCGAACUUGGCGAGUAUCAAGGUCGCAACGUUCAAGCAUCUGUUGCUGGUUUUAUUAACGGUCUUGGCGGCAUUGGUGCAGUCAUUCAAGGCCCACUGAUUGGCGGCAUUGCCGACUUUUUUGGCUGGUCGGGCGUGCUCAUGUUCAUCAUGGUGCUCUCGUUCUUUGCCGCCGCCUGUUUGCUCCCUGCUCUUCGAUACGAGCGACGCCGCUCCAUGGGGCUCGGCACUGGCUAAUUUAUUUUCGGAAUGUCUGCUCGGGCGGGAGGCUUUCCGCCACCAUUCUUCUUUUCAGCAAGUUUCUCUCAGUCCUGUACAAUCUUGCAUGCACUGUGUUCUACGCGUUGGACUACAUCAUCCAACCUUUAGGCUUCUCUACAUCAAACCAUGUAUUGAAAUGUAAUCGACAAC